GGCCGCAUGUGGUGGCGCCCACACAGCCACAUGGAAAGAAGCCACGGGCCCAAAAGCACAAUGAGUUGGCGGGAAGGAGGACCUCAGGCCAUAAAAGUUGGCGCUAUAAGGUGGAUAGCGUUGACGCAGUUUCGUAGGAGCAUGCCCAGCUACGAUGGCACCGCCAACACAAGCAGAAAAGAAGGACAUUGCGCGCAGAUUCCUCAGUGAUGAGGCUGCGAAGGAACCGGAAAAGCAUGAGGUCUUCUUCAAACAUUACGAAGCUUCAAUCGAAGGAUCGACCGGCGGUUACGUGGUAAGAGUUGGGACACCGGUGUAUUCCAGUCACGCGGAGGUGAUCUCGUUCUUCAAUAAGCUUAUCGGGAACGUAAUGCAGACCAAGGCGGAUUUCAGCAGCCUUUUCGCAACAAACGUUGCCGCCGAAGCGCGGGACCACGCGAUACAAGCCUUGUUGAAAGCGUCACUGAUGAUCGACUGCGCCUCCAAGCAAAACUUACCAGAAGGUCGCAGGGUGGGCGAUUACGUACCUCGGACAUGGAGCGAGAAGCAGUCCUUCGCCAACUUUGUGGAGCGGUGCUUUCCUUCGUCCUCCCAAAGCCGAAAAGUCCGCCAAGAAUCUCAGGCCGCACUGGCGCAGCGAGGCAGGCUGAAAGCUUGGAAGUUGAAAGAGAGGUACAAAGUAAGGCUGCGGCCGACCGACAACCUAGCCGAACACCUCGUAUUCGAUCCAGAGCGUCGUAUUCUUCAUGUCUUCCGUCAGGUUGGCUUCCUCAAAGCGCAUCUUAGCCGAUCGCGUGACGAGGAUAUUGACCUUGGUUUCCGGAAGAGUCUGGAGAAGGGAACAUUGCCACCACAGCUCCUGCUGGAGGUCCUCGACUCCAUACAGUAUCUUCUCUUCCCGAACGAUGGGAGGUCAUUUAAGUCGCUUGAUAAAUUCACCGAGAAGUACGGUUUCGAUCCCAAAGCCACGUACUUCGAGAAACAUAUUCGUACGUUGCCAGACGAGUUCGAAUACAAGUAUUUGGGGGAUCGCUUGGCGACAUUGUUGAGGAUAGUGAACCAUCCGCCGCCAGCAAACAGCAUCGUCGCAUGGUUCGAGAGGCACACGUCGGAACGAAAUGCCCUGACUGUGGCUAUCCUAGGCCUGUUCUUGACAGCCCUACUUGGCUUCCUCAGCCUACUAGUUGGCAUUGUCGCUGUAGCCUACAGCAUCCUGCAAUACAACGUCGCUGUAAAGGCUUUGCAGGCUUCGCCAAUUUCAUCGUCGACGUAGUUGUCCUGCACAUAUGUUGUGUAGUUUCAUGAUCGCAUUUCGUGUUAUAGAAGCGUUCGCGUUCGGUUGUAGGUUUGGAUGGGCAGGAGCGUGUCCGAUGACGUAGAGGGAAGCAGCGCGUGUGUUAUGACAUAACGACUUUGUUGAAUCCACAAACACUGAUGCUGCGACGUUGUUGUAUGAAUGCCAGGACCUUUUUGUGAGGUGAAGUUGUUAGGCGCGAUGCAGAC